AUGCUAUCUGGAUUGAUCCCCGAUACUUUUGCUAAUCUUCCACAACUGAGAAGACUUUUGUUGCACGACAAUCAGCUCUCUGGAAUGAUACCCCCGAACCUAGGAGAAUGUGUUAACUUGGAAAUACUUGAUAUUUCUAACAACAGAAUCUCGGGCACGAUUCCAAGUGAAGUUGCUGGAUUAAGUAGCUUGAAGCUGUAUCUUAACUUGUCUAGUAAUCACUUACACGGUCCUAUUCCCUUAGAGCUUAGCAAAAUGGAUAUGGUGCUGGCAAUUGAUUUGUCGUCAAAUAAUCUCUCAGCUAAUGUCCCGUCGCAGCUUGGAAGCUGCAUUGCUCUCGAAUACUUGAAUCUAUCGCGUAAUGCUUUAGAAGGACCUAUUCCAUCGUCGAUAGGGAGAUUGCCUUACCUUAAGGAAAUUGACGUUUCGUUCAAUGUAUUGAGUGGAGAGAUACCGGAAACAUUUCAAGCAUCGUCUACUUUGCAAAAGGUCAAUUUUUCCUACAACCAUUUCUCGGGAAACGUGACCGAUACUGGUGCAUUUACAUCACAAACCAUUAGCUCCUUCUUGGGAAAUUUUCAACUUUGUGGCUCAGUACAAGGCAUGAAAAGUUGCCACAAAAAGAGAGGUCGUGGUCAUUUUAUAAUCACAAUCCUCCUUUCAUUGCUUAUAACUCCCAUUUUUUGUGUAGUUGGGUACCCUCUCGUACUAAGGUCCCAAUUCAGGGCAGGUUUUAAUAGUAAGGUAACCGAAGAUACGGAACAAGGUGGUGGAAGGAAAGAGCAAAAGUACCGGAGAAUUUCACAUAUGCAGCUGAUUGAAGCGACAAGAGGUUUUAGCAGCUCGAACGUAAUAGGAGAAGGACGAUAUGGGCGGGUUUAUAAGGGAGUGCUAAAAAACAACAUGAGCAUAGCUGUUAAAGUAAUUGAUACAAAAGGAGGUGGAGAGAUUUCAGGGAGCUUUAAAAGGGAAUGUCAAAUCUUGAAAAGGACUAGGCACAGGAAUUUGAUUAGGAUCAUAACGACGUGUAGCAAGCCAGAUUUUAAAGCUCUUGUCUUCCCAUUGAUGCCAAACGGAAGCUUAGAAAACCAUCUGUACCCGAGCCACGGGCUCGGGCAUCAGCUGGACUUGGCUCAAUUGGUUAGCAUUUGUAGUGACGUGGCAGAGGGGUUGGCCUAUUUACACCAUUAUUCGCCCGUUAAAGUCGUGCAUUGUGACCUAAAGCCAAGCAACAUUCUUCUUGAUUUUAACAUGACAGCUUUGGUCACAGAUUUUGGAAUUUCAAGAUUAGUAAAAGCUGUUGAGGAAAAUACUAAUCCCGUCGAUGAAUCGGUUUCUUACAACUCCACAGAUGGAUUACUUUGUGGAUCAAUUGGUUACAUUGCUCCUGAAUAUGGAAUGGGAAGGAUGGCUUCAACAAAAGGAGAUGUAUUUAGCUUUGGAGUUCUUUUACUUGAGAUUGUGACAGGGAAACGUCCCACCGACAUUCUUUUUCAACAAGGCUCGAGCUUGCACGAAUGGGUGAAGAGUCAGUAUCCACAUAAACUCGAGCCUAUGAUCGAAGAAACGCUACGAAGAUGUGCAACUUGUACCGCAGUUCCAUCUGACCAUAGCAAUAUAUGGCACGAUAUCGUGUUGGAGCUGACAGAACUUGGCCUAAUGUGCACUCAGUACAAUCCUUCAACUAGGCCAACAAUGUUGGAUGUUGCACUUGAAUUUGGCAGGCUAAAACAGUUUCUUUCAAGUCCUUCUAACAUUGUUGCUGAAGAUGUCACAACAAAAUGUUAACAUUUUUUUAUCUCACAAACAUCAGCAGAGAAACUCUGCCACUGUACCUUUUAACUUUAUUCAUUGUACUUCUAUGUUCUUUUUUCCUCUUUUAUUUAUCCCUUCUUGGGUUA